GGGGUGAAUGGUGUAAACUUGUUAGUGUGGGGCAAGCUGCUCUGUACAAGAACUGUCUAUUAUCCCAUUGAAAUUCAAAGUCCUUGUUUAAUAUUAUUUUCUUAUAGAAUAGAAGCCUUUUCUUCUUCUUCUUCCGCUAAACAAAAAGAAUACAGCCAACUAUAAUCCAAUAGCAACUAACUAAGUUAACCACCACUCCCCUUCUCUUUUGUUUUAUUAAUCUUUUUCAACAUAUAAGACCAACACCCCCCACUCCAAAACCGAAAUGUUGCGCAUUCUGAAUCAAAAAGCUAUAGCACGUCAAUCACCAGCGAUUUUCAAAACUGGAGUUCGUGCAUUCAGUGCCUCAACCAAUGUCAAAGAAGAAGUCGAAGUAUUCAUCGACGGCAAAUCAGUUAUGAUUGAGCAAGGUGCCGCUUUAAUUCAGGCCUGCGAAAAAGCAGGCGUUGAUAUUCCUCGUUUCUGUUAUCAUGAACGUUUAUCGAUUGCUGGUAAUUGUCGUAUGUGCCUCGUCGAAGUUGAAAGAGCACCCAAACCAGUUGCUUCUUGUGCUUAUCCUGUUAUGCCUGGCAUGAAAGUCAAAACCAACAGUCCUAUGGUUCACAAAGCCCGUGAAGGCGUUAUGGAAUUUUUACUUUACAAUCAUCCCCUCGAUUGCCCUAUUUGUGACCAAGGUGGUGAAUGUGAUUUACAAGAUCAAAGCAUGCGUUACGGUUCCGAUCGUGGUCGUUUUAAUGAACCUAUGGGCAAGCGAGCCGUUGAAGAUAAGGAUUUUGGACCUCUUAUUAACACAGCAAUGACACGUUGUAUUCAGUGUACCCGUUGUGUUCGUUUUGCUAACGAAGUUGCUGGUGCUACUGAAUUAGGUACUAGUGGUAGAGGUAAUGAUAUGCAGAUUUCCACCUAUAUUGAAAAGACCAUCGAUUCAGAAAUGUCCGGUAAUAUGAUUGAUUUAUGUCCUGUGGGAGCAUUAACCUCAAAGCCUUACAACAUGCGAGCAAGACCAUGGGAGCUGAAAAAGUAUGAGACCAUUGAUGUUUCCGAUGCCAUUGGUUCCAAUAUUCGUGUUGAUACCCGUGGUGUUGAAGUUAUGCGUAUCCUCCCACGUUUGAAUGAGGAAGUGAACGAAGAAUGGAUUUCAGACAAGACACGUUUCUUUUAUGAUGGUCUCAAAGUUCAACGUUUGACCACUCCUUUAAUUCGUGAUGGAGACAGAUUCGUGCCUGCUUCUUGGAAAGCUGCUCUCGAGCGUAUUGGCCAGGAGCUCAAUAAUGUGAAAGGUAAUAGUGCAAAAGCCAUUGCUGGUCAUCUUGCUGAUGCUGAAUCCAUGGUCGCUUUGAAGGAUUUAAUGAAUCGUAUUGGUUCUGAAAAUCUGACUAUUGAUGCUCCUAACGGCGCUAAGCCUCUUGCGAUCAAUGCCGAUUUCCGCGCAAACUACAUCCUGAACUCCAGUAUCGUUGGUGCUGAACAAGCUGAUGUCGUCCUCAUUGUCGGCUCUAACCCUCGCCAUGAAGCUCCUAUUUUAAACACACGUUUCCGUAAAGCAUGGAUCCAUAAUGGUCAAGAGUUAGGUUUGAUUGGUCAACCUGAUGAUUUAAACUAUGAAUAUGCUCAUAUCGGUAGCAGCUCCAAGGACAUUGAAAAAAUUUUGGAUGGCUCUCAUCCUUUUGCCAAGUUAUUCGCUGAGGCCAAGAGACCAAUGAUCCUUGUCGGUUCCAGUGUUGUUGAAAACGCAAAGGAUAGUGAAUACCUCCUCUCCAAGGUUACUGAACUCGCCGAAAAGCACAAGAAGACACUCUUCCAAGAGGAUGGAUGGAACGGUGUCAAUAUUUUGCAACGUGCCGCUAGUCGAGCUGCUGCUUAUGAAAUUGGUUUUGUCCCUACAUCUAAGGAGGCCGCUUCUUCACCUGUUGACUUUUUAUAUCUCUUAAAUGCUGAUGAAAUUACAGCUGCCGAUGUUCCUAAAGAUGCUUUCGUUGUUUAUCAAGGCCAUCACGGUGAUGUGGGCGCUCAAUAUGCUGAUGUCAUCCUCCCUGGUGCUGCAUUCACAGAAAAGAAUGCUACUUACAUGAACACAGAAGGACGUACACAAAUUACAAGAGCUACUGUCAAUCCCCCAGCUGCCGCUCGUGAAGAUUGGAAGAUCAUUCGUGCUUUAUCUGAAGUUGCCGGACAUACACUACCUUAUGACGAUUUACAAUCUGUCCGUUCUCGUCUUUCUGAGGUCAGUCCUGCUUUAACCCGCUACGAUGUCAUUGAAACUCCCUCCAUAUCGCAAAUGGGAUUGUUUUCUCAACGUAAACCUGAAGCUAAGUCUACUGGAGAGAUUUUAACUUCUGUAAUCAAGAACUUCUACCGCACAGAUCCUAUUUCCAGAGCUUCUAGCACAAUGGCUAAAUGUACAAAGGCAUUCUUACAAGGCAAAGAAGUCGAUACAAAAGCUGCUGAAGCCAAUUCAUAACUUAUUUCCUUAGACACUUUGCUUCUUUAUCUAUGAGUCUCCAAAAAAAUAUAUCGAAGUCAUCUAUUUCUGUAGAAAGAUUCGGAAUGAUUUGUAGAACAGCAAUGCUUCAUAUCAGUCCUAAAAAUAAAUUUAUCCCCCCUUUUCGUAACCAUAAUUCAUGAUUUAAUCGAUACUCUAUACAUAUAAUGUUACUCUAAUGCAAAUAAAUACGCAUCUUGAUAAGUUUCGUCAGAUGGUAUGUGGUGCGCUUCUCUAAUAUGUCAAUCUGCACCUGUUUUGAGUUUCAUUAAAUGUUUUCUGAUAAAGAAAAAGGAACGUUUUUUCAUUGACGAUGUCAUCAUCUUCUGAGGUAGCCCAUUUUACGCUCAAAUAAACUCAUAAAUCGAUCGUCAAGAUAAUAUAGAAAGAAAUCAGGCAUAUUUGGACACUAAGAGAAUUUCCAACGUAAAAAAAUAAAUAAAUAAAAUAAAUUCUGAAGCGAUUA